AUGUAAGAAUAUUUUUUACUAUUAGACCUAUACAUAAUAACUGAGAAAAACAUAUCAACAAAAAUAAUUUCUGGUUGACCUGACCUGACGUGAUUUUUGUAAAGCUAAAGUUAUAUGGUCAUCCUGAUUUAGACCGUUCUUUCACCCACACAACCAUUGAUGAUACCGUCACGUUAAUUUUACUCUGACUACCGUUGUUUGAUUGUAGGAACUUAUAUCUCGUCGCCUACGUUGAUGCCAUCAUGGACUGUAAAACUCUGGUUUUGGCCGUUGUCAUGAUGUAUAUUGUCAAUGGUAGCAAUGCAUUGCUGUGUUACAACUGUGCACAAAUUCAAGAUCCGACCUGUGGACAAACUCUAUCGGAUACGAGUAGUAUUCCUCAGAUUACCUGCUCAGGGACAUGUAUGUUGUUAAAAGGUUUCAUGCCUAUAGGAAACACCGUCAUGGAAAUGUACACCAGGUCUUGUGAACAACACUGCAUUGACACGUGUAUAAAUAUGACAGACGUGCCAGGCUUGACCGUUUGUAGCAAGUGCUGCACAACUGAUCUCUGCAAUAUCCAUUAUGUCGAAACUGCACAGACAGGCGAUGGAGAAACAGACUUACAUGUACAACCAGAAGGUGAUACACAAUCAGAGGCUACUGCAAAACCAGAUGGUGAUCCACUACCAGGUGAUGCACAACCAGAAGGAGAUGCACAACCAGAAAGCGACGCACAACCAGAAGAUGAUAGCAAUGCAUUGCUGUGUUACAACUGUACACAGGCUCAAGAUCCGACCUGCGGACAAACGCUAUCGGACACGAGUAGUAUUCCCCAGGCUACCUGCUCAGGAAUAUGUAUGUUAUCAAAAACCACUAUGCCUAAAGGAGACGCAGUCAUAGAAAUUUAUACCAGGUCUUGUGAACAAUUCUGCCUUGACACUUGUAUAGAUAUUCCGGACGUGACAGGCAUGACCAUAUGUAGCGAGUGCUGCACAACUGAUCUAUGCAAUAGCAAUUAUGUCAAAACUGCACAGCCAGGCGAAGUAGAACCAGAAGGUGAUGCACAACCAGGUGAUGCACAACCAGAUGGCGACGCAAAACCAGAAGGUGGUACCAAUGCAUUGAUGUGUUACAACUGUACACAGGCUCAAGAUCCGACAUGCGGACAAACGCUAUCGGAUACUACUAGUAUUCCUCAUGCUACCUGCUCGGGGAUAUGUAUGUUGUCAAAAAUUACCUUGCCGAUAGAAGACACCGUAGUGGAAAUGUAUUCCAGGUCUUGUGAACAAUUCUGCCUUGACACUUGUAUAGAUAUUCCAGACGUGUUAGGCAUGACCGUAUGUACCAUGUGCUGCACAACUGAUCUCUGCAAUAGCAAUUAUGCUGAAACUGCACAGACGAGCGACGUGCAACCAGAAGGUGAUGUACAACUAGAAGGUGAUGUACAACCGGCCAACGGUAAGCAACCAGAAGAUGGUAACAAUGCAUUGCUGUGUUACAACUGUACACAGGCUCAAGAUCCGACCUGCAGACAAACGCUAUCGGACACGAGUAGUAUUCCUCAGGCUAUCUGCUCAGGAAUAUGUAUGUUGUCAAAAACGGCUUUGACGAUAGGAGACACUGUAAUGGAAAUGUAUACCAGGUCUUGUGAACAAUUCUGCCUUGAAACUUGUAUAGAUAUUCCGGACAUGAUGAACAUGACCGUAUGUAGCAAGUGCUGCACAACUGAUCUCUGCAAUAGCAAUUAUGUCGAAACUGUACAAACAGACGAUAGAGAAAUUGACGGUGAUGCACAACCAGAAGGCGAUGCACAACCAGAAGGUGAUGCACAACCAGAAGAUACUGCACAACCAGAUGGCGACGCAAAACUAGGAGGCAAGUAUGAUGGUGGCUAUAGCAGUGAAUUGAUGUGUUACAACUGUACACAGUUUUUAGAUCCGACAUGCGGACAAACACUAUCGGAUACUAGCAGUAUUUCUCAGGAUACCUGCUCAGGAAUAUGUAUGUUAUCAAAAACAACUAUUCCUAAAAGAGACACAGUCAUAGAAAUGUACACCAGGUCCUGUGAACAAUACUGCAUUGACACUUGUAUGGAUAUUCCGGACGUGAGAGGCAUGACCAUAUGUAGCAAGUGCUGCACAACUGAUCUCUGCAACAACAAUUAUGAAAACACUGCGCAGACAGGCGAUGUACUACUAGACGGUGGUGCUCAACCAGUUGACAGUACUCAACCAGAGGGCGGCACGCAACAAAAACCUGAUCAUGGUGUCACGGCAUACCCGGUCAGUGAUAUGGUAACUAAAUCUAGCGCCAUCAACUUUGUCGUAAAUUUGGCGACAAUUUUUUUUACAGGUCUUCUAAGUGUAAUUAUUUUUUAGAAAUCCAAAUCUGUAGUACAGUUAUCUAAUAACUAGUAUUGGUUUAAUUACGACAGUUUUAUUUUUCUAUUUAUCAACUUCAGCUUUACUUUAAUUGUAACUGAAAGACAUUGAUAUUUGUUGAUGGUAUAUAGUGUCAUUCGGUUAAACAUUUUACGACAUCAGUGAUGUUAGAUAAAUCAAAGUCUAAUAAAUACUAUCAGACUAUGAUCAGUAAAUAUAAUCAGUAACAACUUUUUAGGAUGAUAAAUAAGCUCACAAAUGAAGCCUAAAUACUUUUUUGUGUGUCUGAUUUGGAGCUCUGAAUGGUUGUCUACAAAUUUUCAUCUCCAGCGUCCUCUAUCACUUCACAUCUGAUCAUAUCACAUCUUACAUUAUCACCCCAAAAAUUUGAAUUAAUUAGGAUUAGUUAAAAUAGAUUUCGUAUGUAAUUCAGGACGUUGGCUACGUUUUCUGGAUUAAAAGGUACAAAAAUUUAUGUUCAACACGGUGUGAUCUUAUAAAUUUAGAAAAUAAUUGAUCUUAAAAGCAUUCUACUUUACUAUAAUGAACACAAAUAUAGAUUGCUAUAAUAUAACAAAUAACUAUAUACUAUUCAUUAAAAAAAUAUAUUAAUUUUACCAUUAUUUUUCGUGUGAUUUAUUAACCAAUUAGAUAUUGAUAUUGAUAUAUAUAUAU